CUGAUAUACCAAUUGAACACAUUCGUUCUACGUUAAUAUUCAAUGAACGUCGUUCCUAUGACUACCAGGUAGCUAAGCAAAUAAUACGUUCUAUUACCGUUGGAGAGAAUGAAGAUCGAAGAAGUGAAAAGCACUGCCAAGACUCAGAGAAUCUCAGCUCAUACACACAUUAAAGGUUUGGGGCUUGAUGAAAAUGGUAUAGCAAUACAAAAUGCAGCCGGCCUUGUUGGUCAGGAAAUGGCUCGCGAGGCUGCCGGGAUAGUAGUUGACAUGAUAAGAUCUAAGAAGAUGGCUGGUCGAGCCGUAUUAUUAGCUGGUCCACCAGGUACAGGAAAAACUGCAAUCGCGCUUGCUAUCGCACAAGAAUUGGGUAACAAAGUACCGUUUUGCCCAAUGGUGGGCUCGGAAGUUUAUAGUUCUGAAAUAAAGAAAACAGAAGUGCUCAUGGAGAACUUCAGACGAGCUAUUGGUCUUAGAAUUAAAGAAACCAAAGAGGUGUACGAAGGUGAAGUUACGGAGUUAACUCCAGUUGAAACGGAGAAUCCAAUGGGUGGAUACGGAAAGACUGUGUCCUAUGUGGUUAUUGGAUUGAAAACUGCUAAAGGUACAAAACAAUUGAAACUGGAUCCUUCCAUAUACGAGUCUUUGCAGAAAGAGAAGGUAGAGACGGGAGAUGUAAUUUACAUAGAAGCAAACAGCGGUGCUGUGAAAAGACAGGGUAGAAGCGAUAAUUUCGCUACAGAAUUUGAUCUGGAAGCGGAAGAGUAUGUUCCAUUACCAAAAGGUGAUGUACAUAAGAAAAAGGAAGUUAUACAAGAUGUAACACUACACGAUUUAGAUGUUGCUAAUGCCAAACCACAAGGUGGUCAGGAUAUCAUGUCCAUGAUGGGGCAGUUGAUGAAACCUAAAAAAACAGAAAUCACAGAUAAAUUGCGCAAGGAGAUAAACAAAGUGGUAAACAAGUACAUUGAUCAAGGAAUUGCAGAACUGGUACCAGGAGUUUUGUUUAUAGAUGAAGUACAUAUGUUAGAUAUAGAAACAUUCACAUAUCUUCACCGUGCUCUGGAAAGUGCUAUAGCUCCAAUAGUUAUUUUUGCUACAAAUAGAGGACGUUGUGUAAUCAGAGGCACAGAAGACAUUGUAUCUCCACAUGGAAUACCUCUUGAUCUAUUGGACAGAUUGCUCAUCAUACGAACACUUCCAUACUCUAGAGCAGAAAUAGAACAAAUAGUUAAGUUAAGGGCUAUAACGGAGGGACUACAAAUCGAAGACGAAGCCUUGAAUACCCUUGGCGAACUAGGUACAAAAACAACCCUUAGAUACGUUGUGCAAUUGUUAACUCCUGCAUCAUUAACGGCGAAAAUAAAUGAGAGAACAGUUAUCAAGAAAGAGGAUAUCGAGGAAGUAGGAUCUCUUUUCUUAGAUGCAAAGUCGUCGGCUAAAAUUCUUACACAAAAUAAAGAUAAAUAUAUGAAAUAA